CAUUGACGUUAUCUGUCAGUGACGCUGCAUCCUGACGUCAAGUAGUUAGAAAGAGGCUAUAGGUCACGCCGUUCUCUAGCUGAUGGCCUGCGUCUGCUUGUCCAUAACCAAGGAAACCUUGCACAGGGACAAGUGAAAGCAGCAUUGUAUAUCACAGAGGAUAAAAGACAGCAGAACUUCGAUUAUCCGAUCCAACACUCGUCGUCCGGAUAACCCAAAAUCGUGGAUAAGCGAAAUUUUUUUUGAAGUCGCAAAUGUUAACACGACACGGCAUCAACGUUCGUGACAGCUCGCGCCCUUAUUGGUGAAUGGAUCCCUGCCAUGAGCAUUUGAACGAAGAAACACGCAUUAUAUCGGUGACGGUCAUUCUUCUCUUCCCCAUCCUCUUCUACACCGUGUACAAGUGCUGUUGCAGUGGAAAUAACCAUAUGAAUAUGUCACCGGAUAAAGUGAACGAGUGAUGCACAUCUCUGAACAGUAGUGACACUCAAAGUCUGAGCAAGGGAUGCCUCUCGUUCCAAUGCACCACACAUCUUCAGCAGCAAGUGAUUCCAAAGCUUGUUUCUACGUUGUCUUUAAUGCCUCAUGCACCUGCUUCUUUUUGUGUGAAAUUUAUUUCCCCUAACCCAGACCUUUCAAAGAAAGAAAUAAUUUGUAGAAAAUCUCGGAUUCCAUGUACGUCAGUAUCCCGUAAGACCGCCGUGCUGCUGACUACAAUAUUCUCCGUCGGCUUCGAUUUUAAGGGGAGCAUACUGCAGCUCCUUGCGUAAGUUGAGGCACCUUCAGAAUAGCUUCCCUUGUGUGAUCUCAAGGACAGCAGUUCGGUUCUUGUUUCUGAUGUGCUUUCAGCAAAACAGAAUGUAAAUUCUGAAAAUCUGAAGUGCUCUCUUUUGUAAUCCCAUUGACAAUUUCGUCGAAGGAGCUACUAAUCAGCCAUGCCACACAAAGCAGCUCGAGCACUGGAAAUAAUGCGCGCGUUUGCCAAGAAGCGUAUCAGCAGUGGAAGAUUUGAUUCCGCUGUGCUCAGCAAGGCCAUCAUAACUGGAGGAUCAGAGGGGCAUGUGAAAUGCAAGAUUCCAGUGACCCCGGAGUUGCUGAAUGGUAUUGGGACCUUGCAUGGUGGUGCUGUUGCAACCAUGGUAGACAGUGUCUCCACAUGGGCUCUAGUUUCUGUUGGCAAGAAUGUACCAGGCGUCAGUGUGGAUCUAAGCAUUUCGUUUAUGAAGGCUGCAAAUCCAGGUGACACCGUUGUGGUGGAGGCUCGAGUAUCACAUCUUGGGCGUCGGCUAGCUUUUUUAAAUGUUGAUGUGACCAGUAGGAGCACAGGUAGCCUGCUGGCACAGGGCCGACAUACCAAGUUUGUUGGAGGACUGGGAGAAAAGAAAAACAGUACAGAAUCAUCAUCCACUUGUUAGUGACUGGGAAAGCUGCAAUCAUUUUGCUCUGAAUACUAGAACUGCUGUUGACUCAAAUACAUUCUAUGCCUAAGGAGAGUUUACUUCAGACACAAAGCCAAGCUUUAGCAACUCACAGCAGAUGAAUAAAUCACUGUUUUGUUGGUACAAUGAUACUUAGUCUUUACCUCACAUUUAGUGCUAUACUUGAAAACAAAACUUUUCUCUAUUCUGAAAGUCUCAGACUGUUCCAGCAAAAGUUUUUUUUUUUUUAAGUUAUGAGUUAAGACUGCUCAUUAAAUACUUUUUUAAAAGGGCAUAGCAUAGUUGUAAUUAUGAAAAUGUUCUUUAACUCUUUAGAGUUAAGAAUUUCUUCCUUACCCGCUGAGUGAAAGUCAUUUUUCAACUGUUAGUAAUCAACAAAGCUGUAAAACAGUUAAGAUAAAGUUGUUUUCAGUUAAGCUGCAUAUUUUACUAAGGAAUUUAAUUCAAUAAAAUCAAUAAAACUUUA